AAGUGAAGCCAUUUCCAAUUCCAAUUUGCAGGAAGGAUUUGUAUGAGAUAAGCAACACCAGCAGCUACAUGUCAUCGGAGGAGGAGGAGAGAUCAUUGUGAGUCCAGAAAAAUGAAUCUGGCUGCCAAGAACAAUUCUAAGCCAGAUGGACACGAAGAUUCUAGAAACUUGGAGAUAAAAAGUAAUGUGAUUAACAAUGGACCAGACGGGAAUCAAUCUUCUAUGUCAGCUAAUAAUAAGGGGGCGGCGGCAGGAGGUGAUCAAUCCGGCAAACCGGGUUUGCCGAAUUUUGGGAGAGCAAGUGUAAAUGGGAACCGUAGUGACAGUAUUGAAAGCACGAGUGGACAUUUAAAGCCCCAUACUGGUGGGGAUAUUCGUUGGGAUGCUGUUAACUUGGCUUCAAAAGAUUCACCAAUUGGUCUUAGCCAUUUUAGGCUUCUGAAACGUCUUGGAUAUGGAGACAUUGGUAGUGUCUAUCUUGUUGAGCUCAGAGGAAGCAACACUUUCUUUGCAAUGAAAGUCAUGGACAAAGGAUCUCUUGCUAGUAGAAACAAACUUCUUAGAGCUCAAACGGAAAGGGAGAUUCUUGGUCUUCUUGACCAUCCAUUUCUUCCUACUUUAUACUCUUAUUUUGAGACUGACAAGUUCUAUUGCUUGGUCAUGGAGUUCUGCAGUGGUGGUAAUCUUCAUACCCUUCGUCAAAAACAACCAAAUAAGCAUUUCACUGAAGAAGCUGCCAGGUUUUAUGUGACUGAGAUACUGUUGGCAAUGGAGUAUCUACACAUGUUGGGUGUAGUAUACAGGGAUUUGAAACCAGAAAAUGUAUUGGUAAGAGAUGAAGGUCACAUAAUGCUGUCUGACUUUGAUCUCUCCCUGCGAUGCUCCGUCAGUCCAACCCUUGUCAAAUCAUCCCCUUCCCAGAACAGCAACGGCGGUGCCGGCGGUGGCGGUUCCGGUGGUAUUAUAGAAGAUGAAUCUACAGUUCAAGGUUGUAUUCAACCAUCAGGGUUUUUCUCACGCAACAUCCUAUCAUCAAAGAAGAAUCGGAAAUCCAAAUCUGAUUUUGGACUGUUAGGUGGUGGAUCACUACCGGAGCUGAUGGCAGAGCCGACCAACGUCCGAUCAAUGUCGUUUGUCGGAACCCACGAGUAUUUAGCUCCUGAGAUCGUACGAGGAGAGGGUCAUGGUAGUGCGGUGGACUGGUGGACGUUGGGGAUCUUUCUAUACGAACUGUUGCACGGCACGACCCCGUUCAAGGGUGCCGGAAACCGUGCGACGCUUGUGAACGUGGUCGGACAGCCGUUGAGGUUUCCUGAUAGUCCACAGGUAAGUGGGACUGCUCGUGAUCUGAUUAAAGGGCUUUUGGUUAAAGAACCGGCUAAGAGAAUCGCGUAUAGAAGGGGUGCUACUGAAAUAAAGCAGCAUCCUUUCUUUGAAGGGGUGAAUUGGGCGUUGGUUAGGAGUGCUAUUCCGCCGCACAUACCGGAGCCGGUGGAUUUCGCCAUUUAUGCUAAUAAAGAUGGAGGUCAGAUGCCAGGGGAGAAGAAGAUGCCGGAAAUGGGAGGAGGACCUGAGAAAAACAAGAACACACACCCCAAUGAAGCUUCUUCUUCUUCACACACUGAUUUUGAGUACUUUUAGGAAGAAGGAUUUAUUAUUAGUAGGACACCAUUUAUUUUAUACCUACAUAUAUAUAUAUAAAACUAUCUUAUUCAUUUAAUUAAUUAAUUAGUUUUAAGAAUAAUAAUAAUAUGCAUUAAGCACUGUCCAUUCCAUUUUUCAUGAUAUUAUCAAAGAGAGAGUGACUUGUAAAUGUACUGUUAUUUAAAUGAUGUAAUACUUUCAUUUGUCCUUUUCU